GGAGCGGCGGCGGCGGGAUGGGACCGGCCGGCGCGUGCUGGAGGGGCGGCCGCGGCCCGUGCGGUCUCAGGCGGUGGCUGUCGUCCUGUGCCGUGGCCCCUCGUGUCUGCGUGGUGGGCAGCGGCCCUGCCGGGUUCUACACUGCUCAGCACAUCCUCAAGCACCAUGGUGAGGCUCGAGUGGACAUCUAUGAGAAGCUGCCUGUUCCCUUUGGGCUUGUCCGUUUUGGGGUGGCCCCAGACCACCCUGAGGUGAAGAACGUGACCAACACCUUCACGCAGACAGCGCGCUCGGAGCGCUGCGCCUACUACGGCAACGUCACCGUGGGCAGGGACGUGACUGUGGCAGAGCUGCAGCGCUGUUACCAUGCUGUGGUGCUGAGUUAUGGUGCUGAAGAUCACCGAGUCCUGGGCAUCCCAGGGGAGAACCUCUCCGGUGUUUAUUCGGCCCGAGAGUUCGUGGGCUGGUACAACGGGUUGCCCGAGAGCCAGGACCUGAAGCCUGACCUGAGCUGUGAGACAGCACUGGUUCUGGGGCACGGCAACGUGGCGCUGGAUAUCGCCCGCAUCCUCCUGUCCCCCCUGCAGCUCCUCAGGAAGACAGACAUCACUGAUGGCUCCCUGGCAGCUCUUGCCUGCAGCAAGGUGAAGCGUGUCUGGCUGGUUGGGAGGAGGGGACCUCUCCAAGUUGCUUUUACAAUCAAGGAGCUGCGGGAGAUGAUAAACCUGCCUGGUGCCAGAGCUGUGCUGGACCCUGCUGACUUCACAGGCCUUGAAAACACUAUUAAAGGUGCCCCCAGACCCACGAAGAGACUGACUGAGCUGAUGAUUAAAACAGCCCUGGAGAAGCCUGUGGAGAAGGCAGUGGAGGCACAGACAGCAGCCCCCCGGGAGUGGGGGCUGAAGUUCCAGCGCAGCCCUCAGGAGGUGCUGCCCAGCGCUGACGGGAGGCGGGCGAGGGGCGUCCGCCUGGCCCUGACCCGCCUGCAGGGCUCAGGGGACUCUGCUAAAGCCAUUCCCACUGGAGACACAGAGGAGCUGGAGUGUGGGCUGGUGCUCAGCAGCAUUGGCUACCGCAGCGUGCCGCUGGAGCCGGCCGUGCCCUUCGAUGCUCAACGUGGCGUUAUCCCCAACAGCUCAGGCAGAGUGGAGGGUGUCCCAGGUCUGUACUGCAGCGGCUGGGUGAAGAGAGGAGCCACGGGCGUCAUCAUCACCACCAUGAACGACAGCUUUGACACUGCCCAGUCCGUGCUGGAGGAUCUGCAGAGGGGUGUGCUGGAUGUGGCCACCUCCAGAGAAGGCUUUGGGGCAGUGGAGAGCAUCCUGCGCAGCCGAGGGGUCCGUCCUGUGUCCUUCUCAGACUGGGAGAAGAUAGAUGCUGCUGAGGUGGCGAGAGGCAGAGCUGCUGGCAAACCCCGGGAGAAGAUAGUGGAUCCUCAGGAGAUGCUGCAGCUCAUCAGUCACUAAAGCAGCAGCAAGGGCAACGUGGCACUGAUCCAGCACUGCCCUGGGGCAAACCUGCAGGGUCCAGGCAGGACCCAGGAGCACAGGGCAGGUGCCCAGGACCACACUGGAGAGAUGUGUGACACUUGAGCCUCUCUGGUCAUGAGGAAGUCUGCAUGUCCAAAGUGAAUGUCUUGGAACACCUGAGGCUGCUGGAUGGCCCCUCAUCUCUGUGAGCAGCUGCCACUCCUGGCAGGGACUCCUGCCAUCCCUGUCCUUGGAGCACUCAUGAACUCCCAGUGCAGGUGAGGGGGGACGUGCCCCUGGCAGGAGUCCCAGGUGGGCACUUGCCCCAUGGGCAGGUCACUCAGAGAACCUUCCUUGUGUCUCUCCCUGCCUCCCCUUUAAGCCUCCAGCCAAAUGGCUCCAUUGCCUUGUCUUUGUGCCUCAGUGGGCUGCUUUUAAUAAUCAGUGGUUUUGAAAUAAACCCUUCCAAGGAGAGACAAACUGACCCUGCCACUUGAGUCUGGCUUUUGUCUGUGAGUGCCUCAGUCUGGGAGCAGCCAAGGUGUCCUGCGACCUGUCCCUUGUCCUAAACAAACAGCCCAAGGCAUCAGUUUGCUUUCCCACCUUAAACCCUGGGCCUCAGCUUGGGUGAGGGGGGGAUGGAGUGGGGUAAGAAGGGUGUAAUUGCCUUGUCCACAUCACAAGGCAUCCUCUGUUUGCUGGUGCACACCAUACCUUGAGCCCUGUCACUUCACUGGUGGGGUUUGAGGUUUGUGUGUGUGUGUGUGUAUGUUUGAAAGCUUAUUAAAUGCUUCUUUUAGCCCAAAUUGACUCCAGUGACAGUGUCAGGUUUUAAGGCAGAUUACAGCCCCUGAGCCCUAAUCUCCUCUUUAUCCAUGGUGCAAGGGCCACGUCAGCAUGGCCCCCCCAGCCCUGCCCCCUCCCCAGCUGCAGGGUGGCACCUGCUGCCUCUGGCCUGUGACAGUGGCUCUGUGUUAGAAACAACUUGGGCUCUGUGGUGAGGCAGAGGGUAAAAUCCAGCCAGGGCAGCCAGUGGAGGUUUGUCUCAACCUCUGUCUCACCCCCUAUGGCAGAGGGCUUCCCACUCCCUCUCUGGCCCAGCCUCAGGGAAGGUCUCUGUCUCUCUCUCUCUUUUUUGUUCCCCCCCCCUUUUUUUUUCUUCCCCUUUUCUAUUUAAAUCUCAUUUGCAAGCUCAUUAAGAAACUCAGGAAAUGUGAUCCAGGGUACACAAACGAGCAAUAAAGCCUCUGUGGAACAGC